GUCUGCCUGCCUUUGAUCAAACAAGCCACUCUUAUCGCUUCCACGCACAUAUACGCAUACAUAAUUGACCAAAGAUCGCCGCCUUUUUUGUCAUUCGGCCUGCUCCAAAAAGGCAAGCAAAAAAGAAAAAAAAACCGCUAUCUAAAAUCUAAUCUACCAGUCGUCAUCAUCAUCAUCCUUCUUCGCCAUGGCGUUCUUCCUCGCCAGCAGCGCGUCCGCCAGGCUCCCGGCCAGGCUCGGCGUAGGCGUGCUGCUCCUGCUGCUGUCCGAGCCGUUCAUGCUCAUGCCCGAGUCGCGCGCCUGCAGGCCGGCCGGUUUCCUGCCCGCCACCGGGCGCUUGGCCGGGGGCUGCGGCGCUGCCGGCUUGGCCCGCGCCGCCACCCCGUUCGCGGCGGCGGCCGCCGGCGGGGGCGGUGGUGGUCGCGGUGCCGGUGCCGGGGCCGGGGCCGGCUCUUGUUCCUCCACGUACGCGGCCGGAACCCAGGCUUGUCCGCUCGACGUCUUGGCGAGCCACCAGCCUUAGAUACGAAUUGUUCAGUCAGUAUGGGGGGA